UGUCAAAAUUACAGUAAAAAUGUAAAACACAAACACUCACCAACAUCCCAAUUUUUAGCAAUCAACACCAACAACGCCGCCAAAAUGCAGUUGCUUCACGACCACCCGACUUUAGCCGUGAGGAGUCAGAAGGAUUCCGACUUAGAAGUGAAGGAGCGGAGGUCUUCGAAUGCUUCGCUGAUGAACCCUGUGGCCAGUGGGGACAAUGUGACCACGGGGCUAUCCUCGGCGCACAGACUUAAGGAGGAGCUGCCGCCUUUAGUGCCGUGCUGCGAGGGGAAAGAACUGCAGAUAAACGAGGACCUGGUGCGCAGCGGACUGUCAGCCAUCUCCGUCAAGCAUGAGAACGUCAUUCACUGCCUUAGCUCUUCAGAAGCCUGUGAGAGGAUCCAGCUGAUGCCGGGGAUCGUGAAGCAUCGCAACUCAUACCGCUGCCUGCACCGGCCGGACUUGAAGCGGGUGCCGUAUAUCGGCCGGAUGACGCCGGACGAGCUCGAGUCACUCUUCAGGGGCCACGCGGACUUCCCGGCCUGGUCGCAGAGGAACGAUAACCAAGACAAAACGCCAAGAGUAACGUUACCGCCUGACGAAAAUAUUCUCAACCGUGACCUAAGGACAAAAGAACCCACCAUGGCUGAUGAUAACGGCUUAGUACUUCAUCCGAUCCCCGAGAUCAGAUCGGGCGCUGAAGAUGUUCCGGUCGGCAUGCGACUGCACGGAGCUCGAGCGCGACUAUACACGUCAGUCCAGGCGGUUAAAGCGGGGGAUCAUCGCGAAAGUUGCGAUUCAGUAAGCGAAGCACUAGACACCAGCAUACCUGAAGAUGUGGCGGAGGACGAGGUUCAACUGAAGGGGGAACUUCAGAUCAUACUCUCACCGAGGGCUGAUGAUGACAAUCCCUACUUGUCGACUUCGACCACUACGAGCAAUGUCACCUCUAGUACUAAUAGUUGAACGUAAAAUAAUAAGCUUUUGAGAAACAAUAAACUAAGGAUGAAUAAUUAGGCGAAAAACAUUAAAAUAUUAAAUAUAAACAAUGUGGGAUUUGAGAAACUUAUACUUUGUGCGAUUAUAGCGAUCGAAGAAACAAGCAAUAAUUAUAUAAAGUACCGUAAAACAAAGUGAUUAGGCGACGAAGUUUAAAAUAUAAAGUAAGUAUACAAAUAUGGGAAUGUCGAAAACCGUUGGGGAAGGAUUUGUCAAACAACAACAACAUAAGAAGGGAAAGUGUUAAAAGCAUCAGUGUAAAUUAACAACUUGGGAAUCGAGAAACUUUGGGAAACGAUUUGAGAAACAACCCUAAGUCGAGAAAAAUAAUGUGAAGAUGACAAAAUACUGAACAACAAACUUAGUGGCAAAAAUUACGAAAGUCCGAGUUAUUUUGUACAUUAUUGCGUGAAAACUGUCAAAAAGACUUGAAUUUUAUAACGAGAACAUAACUGAUAAUUAUUAAUAUAAUAAAAGAAGAGAAAGAACAAAUCUCAGGAUCUGAACCAAAGAAAUUAAGGAAGGUAAAUUCUAUUGUCAUUUGACGUGGCGAAAUAAAAAAAUCUACAAUUGUAAGACGUAAUAUGAGCAUGUGCUCCUUUUGAAAGUUCUAAAUUGAGACGCUAGCAUUAUGGCAAACAACAUAUCCAAAUAUAACGUGUUAAAGGCCCUCAAACGCUACAAGAUAGGGGCCAAGAUACGUUUGAGAUUGCUUAAGAUAGGCCAAACUUUGAGGAGCGCGGCGGUUGUAGGUGCAAUGUACGUUGGGUGGAUUCUGUUUGAUCUGAUUUUAUGAAUACAAGACA